UUCAUUUUAUUUUUUUUUAACUCAAUGAAUAUAAUAUUUGUUAUAACUAGAAACUGAAGGAGACUUUUCUCUUUUUUAUUUAUAAUCAUUUUCACCAUCGUUUCUUCUUUGUUUUUGUUGCUAAACAAAGAAGAAACACAGAGAGAAGCUUGUAGCGAAAAUGGUUCGAACAUUAACACGUCGGUACAGCAUUCAGAGCUCGAGAUCUUUCCACAUUGGGAAAAUGCUUGAGAAUUCAGGAAGACAGCAGCAGAAUCUGAUCCCAGAUGGUGGUGAUGAUAAUGAGGAGAAUGUUGAUGAUAGCCUGCAAUCAAGGAGUAUCGACACAAGAAAUGCAGAAGAAAAAUCGAUGGAGCACCAAAAUAUAGGAGAGUCUAGGCCCGGAAAUCCCCAGGAGAGGCCACAAUCAGAUAUGGAACUGAUGAAGGAAAGGUUUGCCAAGUUGCUUUUGGGUGAAGAUAUGUCAGGAGGUGGAAAAGGUGUUUCUUCAGCUUUGGCUUUGUCAAAUGCCGUGACAAACCUGGCAGCAUCGAUUUUUGGAGAACAAGGGAAAUUAGAACCUAUGGCUCCAGAAAGGAAAGCAAGGUGGAGAAAAGAAAUUGAUUGGCUUUUAUCUGUAACUGAUCACAUUGUUGAAUUUGUCCCUUCACAACAGAAAUCGAAGGAUGGAACAAGCAUGGAGAUCAUGGUCACUAAACAAAGGGGCGAUCUGCUGGUGAAUAUACCUGGUCUGCGCAAACUGGAUACAUUGCUUAUUGAGACCCUUGACAACUUUGCACAAGAAAAAGAAUUUUGGUAUGUGUCCAAAAAUGAUGAUCCAGAAAAUGAAAACAGCCAGAGGGAUGACAAAUGGUGGCAUCCGAUUGUUAAAGUUCCUGCAAAUGGGCUAUCAGAGACGUCACGAAGAUGGCUGCUGUCUCAAAAGGAGUCUGUCAACCAGGUAUUAAAAGCAGCUAUGACCAUCAAUGCAAAUGUCCUAUCUGAAAUGGAGGUCCCUGAAAGCUACAUCGAUUCCCUCCCCAAGAAUGGAAGAGCAAGCCUUGGUGAUUCAAUCUAUAAAAGCAUCACAGUGGAGUACUUUGAUCCCGCGCAAUUCCUGUCAACCAUGGACUUGUCAACAGAACACAAAGUGCUUGACCUUAAGAACAGGAUUGAGGCCUCUAUUGUUAUAUGGAAGAGGAAGAUGAACCAGAAAGAUGGAAGGUCUUCUUGGGGCUCCGGUGUCAGCUUGGAAAAGAGGGAACUCUUUGAAGAGAGGGCAGAGACUAUCCUACUCUUACUCAAGCAGCACUACCCAGGGCUUCCACAGUCUGCGCUUGAUAUAUCAAAGAUCCAAUACAACAGGGAUGUAGGACAAGCUAUUCUGGAGAGCUAUUCAAGGAUACUAGAGAGCUUGGCCCAUACAGUCAUGUCAAGAAUUGAGGAUGUCCUUUACGCCGAUUCGCUUACUCAAACAUCAUCGCCAGCAAGAUCCGACAUGUCCUCGAACACAGAUGAAGAUGCAGCGAGGUUGAGUACCUCAGAGACACCAACACUCUCAGAUUUUAUGGGCUGGGAUGUUGGUUCCGCAAGGUGUAACACAAGUGAUCAAGAAACCCACUUGAAAAGUGAUAAUGAGAAAAAAACAUCCAAGCCUCCAUUAAGUCCCACCCCAAAAAAAGCUUCAUAUCUAGAUAAGCUUGAAAACUUGAAUGGCCUAAGAAGUCCGGAUGCUCGUGAUUUAUAAUCGGAAUGUUAGAACAAAGGAAACAAGAGGACGUAGAAGAAGAGGGAAAGAAAAGGAACGAGGGGGAGAAAGAUAUAGAGGAAUAUAGAUAGUUAGAGACCUUACCUUGUGUAUAUAUAUUCAGCUCCAUGUAAAAUUCCAUUGGGACCGUAACUUUCUAGAACUUACAUUGCUCUUCCUCCACGAUUUGGUCAGGGAAGUGAUUAUGUAACUGAUAUACCACCACGUCUCCCAUUCGAUUCUUAAAGUCUAUAUAAAGAGUGAUUCAAUUAUUACCAACAAUUUGAGUUUAAGGUUUUAACGGCUAUGUGGAUUAGGUUUGACCAAGGGUGCAUGAGUCUGAAUCAUUACAAUUAGUAUCAAAAUAUGUGAAUGAAUCUAACAAUUGGUAUCAAAAUAUGUGCUAACCCGUCUAAUGAUGUAAACUCCUAAAUUGUAUUAGUAAGAUCUUGAUAUUGUGAAAUGAACUUUAAAUGUGAUUUGAUAUAUAACUUUAGUGAAUUUAAAUCGAUGAGAUUGCGAUUCCCUCACAUCAAAUAUGUUCGAUUCUUAACACCUGUAUAAAUGAAUAACUGAUAACAAUUAAAACUUAAAAAGUUGUUGAACCAAUUAUGCU